CGAUUCUUUUGAGAAAUUUCCGUUGACAAAGCAUGACUAGCGUGACUGUUGGAGUCUUGGGUCUCUUAACCUUUGGGACUGUUACUAGUUUACUUGCAAAGAUAAUCUUUGGAGUUCCUUCCCUAGGAAUAGAUGGUCAGUUGAAGGAGUUUCGAAAACCCUUAUUUGAGACCUUUGCGAUGUUCUAUGGAAUGUCUUUCUGUUUCGUAUUGGAUAUGUUACAGCGCCAAAAAUUGGAGUCAAAGUCAGAACUUGUAGAAAAGAACGCCAAAAGUCGUCACCAUUCGGUUCUUGUUAUAUGGUUUCCAGCAGCUUUUGAUCUUAUUGCCACAGUUUGUAUGUGCACCGGUCUUCUUUAUACAACUGUCUCAGUAUAUCAAAUGCUGAGAGGAGCAAUGCUUGUGUUUACAGCGCUAUUCUCAGUGAGAAACAAGUUAUUCUUGAAACGAAAACUCACUUUCCAUCAUUAUGUCAGUAUCUUCUUGAACAUUCUUGGUAUUUCCUUGGUAGGUCUUGCGAACAUUCUAUCGGAAAAGGACAUCGCGAUGAGAGGCAAUCUGGUUAUGGGAAUUAUCUUAAUGAUUUUUGGACAAUGUGCUCAAGCAGCUCAGGUUGUUGUGGAAGAAUAUUUUUGUCAAGACUUGAAUAUGCCCUCCAUCCGUGUGGUGACUUAUGAAGGCCUCUUUGGUGUUGCUAUGAUGUUGUUGAUCGUAUUUCCCUUGGCUUAUUGGGUUCCUGGACAAGACUCUGGUUCUUUAGAAAACAUACUGGAUUCCUUUAUCAUGAUUGAGCAUUCUUGGAUAUUGCAAGGAAUAUUGCUGAUGGAUGUCUGUUGCAUGUUGUUCUUUAAUUACUUUUCUAUGAAUGUUACCAAGCUGAGUAGCUCUAUGUUUCGAACACUUUUGGAGACGAUGAGAACAAUGAUUGUUUGGAUAGUGGACAUUUUAUUAUAUUAUUUCAUAUCGCAAGGGCAAUUUGGAGAGCCUUGGACACAAUAUAGUUUUCUGCAAGUCAUUGGUUUUAUGUUUCUAGUCAUUGGCACUUUCCAGUACUCUCAAUAUCCAACAUUGCCUGUAUCAGAAGAAGAAUGGUUUGAAGAGGAGGAGAAAGUACCUCUUGUUACAGAUGUUCCUAGAAACGUCACUAUGAAACAAGUCACUGGGAAGGAACCAGUUGUUAGUCAUAUCAACGAGAAAGGAACCAGUCAAAUAACUAUUGGCUCGAAGAAUCCACCAAAGAAUGUUCCCAGCUUUUACUCAUCUUCUCCUUCCAUAUUUAUGAGGCAUGGAGGUUUCUCUCCUUCGGUUUACUCGUCGGAGAUAUUGGAAUUGGAAGCAAGGCAAAGUGGUUCCUUGUCUUCUACGGUGGAAUAAGUGCAUGAAACAAUAAUACUACUACAAAAUG